UCUUCUCCUUCUCAACCCCAACCCCAACCACAACCCCAACCCCAACCCCAACAUUGAUGUCCUCCGUCUCCCUCUCAAACCCUAGCCAACAUGAUGUCCAGAUCCUACACCAACCUCGUCGAUCUCGCCACUGGGAACUUCUCCGCCCUCUCCGCCGCCGGGGCCGCCCGCCCACGCCGCCUCUCCCGUGUCAUGACGGCCCCUGGCCCUGUCUCCGAGCUCGAUGAUGAGGACCGCGCUAACAGCGUCUCUUCCGAUGCUCCCUCGUCCCUCGCCCAGGAUCGCAUUAUCAUCGUCGCCAAUCAGCUUCCUGUUCGUGCCCGCCGCCGCUCCGACGGACGCGGCUGGUCCCUUUCCUGGGACGAAGAGUCCCUCCUUCUCCAGCUCCGUGAUGGCCUCCCCGACGACAUGGAGGUCCUUUACGUCGGCUCCCUCCGCUCCGACUCCCCCAUUGACCCCCGCGACCACGACGACCUCUCCCAAACCCUCCUUGAUCGAUUCAAAUGUCUCCCUGCUUUCCUCCCUCCUGAUAUCCUCGAGAAGUUCUACCAUGGGUUUUGUAAGAAGCUUCUGUGGCCUCUCUUUCACUAUCUGUUGCCAUCGCCGGGGGCUGGCGGCUUUGAUCGCGGGCUCUGGGAGGCCUAUGUGCUCGCCAACAAGGUGUUCGCUCAGAAGGUCAUCGAGAUCAUCAGCCCCGAGGAUGACUACGUUUGGGUACACGAUUACCAUCUCCUUGCUCUCCCUUCCUUCCUUCGUCGCCGGUUCCUCCGGCUUCGCAUGGGGUUCUUCCUCCAUUCGCCGUUUCCUUCGUCUGAGAUCUACCGUACUCUUCCUGUUCGUUUGGAGAUUCUGCGGUCCCUUCUCAGUUGUGAUCUUAUUGGGUUCCAUACCUUUGAUUAUGCGCGCCAUUUCUUGUCCUGCUGCUCCCGGAUGCUCGGUCUUGAGUACCAGUCUCGGCGAGGAUAUGUAGGCCUGGACUACUUUGGCCGCACGGUCGGGAUCAAGAUCAUGCCUGUUGGUGUUCAUAUGGGGCAGCUUCAAUCGGCUCUCUCGUUCUCUGAUGGCGAGGUCCGGGUUGACGAGUUAAGGAAGCAGUUUGAGGGGAAGACUGUGCUUCUUGGUGUUGAUGAUAUGGAUAUUUUCAAAGGGAUUGAUCUCAAGUUCUUGGCUUUCGAGCAGAUGUUGAAGCUUCAUCCUGAAUGGCAGGGGAAGGCAGUUCUUGUUCAGAUUGCGAAUCCAGCGAGGGGCAAAGGCAGGGACUUGGAAGAGAUCCAGGCUGAGAUUGAGGAGACCUGCAAGAGAGUUAAUGGCCAAUUUGGUUGUGAUGGUUAUAGCCCUGUGGUGUAUGUUAAUCGUACAGUGUCUCUGAGUGAACGGAUUGCAUACUAUUUGAUUGCUGAGUGUGUUGUUGUCACUGCAGUGAGAGAUGGGAUGAAUCUGAUUCCUUAUGAGUACAUUGUCUGCAGGCAAGGGAUGCCAGGGUCAGAGCCACAGUGCAUGAAGAAGAGCAUGCUAGUGUUAUCAGAGUUCAUUGGGUGCUCUCCAUCACUAAGUGGCGCGAUAAGGAUCAAUCCAUGGAAUGCUGAGGCCACAGCUGAGGCCAUGAAUGAGGCGAUUUCAAUGUCAGAAGCAGAGAAGCAGUUGCGGCACGAGAAGCACUACAGAUAUGUCAGCACCCAUGAUGUUGGAUACUGGUCUCGGAGUUUCAUGCAGGAUAUGGAGAGGACUUGCAGGGACCAUUUGAAGAGGAGGUCUUGGGGGAUUGGUCUUGGAUUUGGAUUUAGGGUAGUGGCUCUUGAUCCGAAUUUCAGGAAGCUCAAUGUGGACUCAAUUGUUUCAGACUAUGCGAAAGCUAAGAGCAGGGCAAUAUUUUUGGACUAUGAUGGCACAGUGAUGCCCCAAACAUCUAUUAACAAGACGCCUAAUGCUGAAGUUAUUUCGAUUAUUAAUGCUCUUUGUGCAGAUAGCAAGAAUAUUGUGUUCAUUGUCAGUGGGAGAGGGAGAGACUGCUUGGGAAAAUGGUUUUUGCCAUGCAAAAAGCUUGGUAUCGCAGCCGAGCAUGGUUACUUCAUGAGGUGGAAUGGGGAGGAAGACUGGGAAACUUACGGACAUGACACUGAUUUUGGAUGGAUACAGAUGGCCCAGCCAGUGAUGAAAUUGUAUGCAGAAACCACUGAUGGAUCAUUUCUUGAGGCUAAAGAAAGUGCUUUGGUAUGGCACCAUCAGGAUGCUGACCCAGACUUCGGUUCUUCACAGGCAAAGGAGAUGUUGGAUCAUUUGGAAAAUGUGCUGGCCAAUGAGCCAGUUGCUGUUAAGAGAGGCCAAUUUAUUGUGGAAGUGAAACCCCAGGGUGUUAGCAAAGGCAUAGUUUCUGAGAAGAUACUGUCAUCAAUGUGUGACAAUGGGAGAAAAGCGGACUUUCUUCUAUGCAUUGGUGAUGACAGAUCUGACGAGGACAUGUUUGAAGGCAUUACUCGGAUUGUGGACAAGGAUAUGGUUGCUGCUAAUACAUCAGUGUACGCUUGCACUGUCGGGCAGAAGCCGAGCAAAGCCAAGUAUUAUCUGGAUGACACUGCCGAUGUCAUAAACAUGCUCCAAGCUCUUGCAGAAGCUUCCGAGCCAUCUCCUUCUUCCGAGACAAAUGCAGAGCCAUCCUUUUCUGCCGAAAUAAAGGCAUAAUUCAUUUUUGUGCAAGAACCCAAUCUGGUUGCACUUUCAGCUCCCCUGUGAGAUUUUCCCACGAAGAUGAUGGAUGCCUUGUGCAUACAUAGAAUUGGAGCCUCAUGUGAUAAUUUUGUUAAUCAGAGAGUAGGUGCCGUGCAUUUUUUAAUGCUAGUUCAGGGAUGUAAUUCUUAAUGAUAAGGGGACGAUGAACCAGCAAGAGAGGAGCUCUUUUCGGCAUUCCAUUGAACUCUUGUGCAGGAGGAUCUCAGAGUGUAAUACAGCAUGUCUAAAGGAAUUGGCAUAUUAACCUGCAAAGUAGUACUGGUUUCAAAGGAUGCCUUCCCAGGUUUAGAGUUCUAUUCCUUCUAUUGAUUACUAUUUGUCAUCACUAUUGCUUGUUUUGAUAUUUUAGUGGGUUAGUUUUAUCUUGUUUCUUUCAGCAUUUGUUGAUUAAAUUGCUUUCUUUCUUGGGAGGAAAAAAAAGGGUUGAAGGGUUGUUGAAGAAAAGAAAUCAAUGAAUGUACAUUCUUCUCCUUUCUGGAACCAAUAGUUUAGACUGUCAGAAAUUUCCAGAGACCAUUUCUUUGAAUUCAUUCUUUUAAUGAAAAUGCAUAAGCUGGCUGACUUCUUGACA